AUGGCCAACUGCUUCAGCCUGGUGUUGCUUUUUGUCUCCAUCUGGACCACAAGGCUUCUGGUCCAAGGCUCUCUCCGGGUCGAAGAGCUUUCCAUCUCAGUGCAAUGCAGAAUUAUGGGGGUCACCCUUGUGAGCAAAAAGACAACAGAGCAGCUGAAUUUCAUAGAAGCCACAGAGGCCUGUAGGUUGAUGGGACUAACUUUGGCCAGCAAAGACCAGGUUGAAGCUGCAUCGAGGUCUGGCUUUGAGACGUGCAGCUAUGGAUGGGUUGCAGAUAAGUUCUUAGUCAUCCCUAGGAUUAUUCCAAACCCCAAGUGUGGAAAGAACGGGAUAGGCGUCCUGAUAUGGAGAAGUGGACUCAACCUAAAGUACAGGGCAUAUUGUCACAACUCAUCUGAUACUUGGAUUAACUCAUGCUUUCCAGAAAGUAUCACCAUCGAAGAUCCUAUAUUCAACAGUGAAACUGUAACAUACACAACAGAAAUGGUUGUCAGCAACAGUAUACACUCAGCACCAUCUCCUGACAUAACUUACUCUCUUACACCUACUCCUGCUCUGGCUUCCACUUCUAGUCCACGAAAAAGAAAAUUAAUUUGCAAAACAGAAACUUUUACGGAAAUUACCACCACAUCUACAGAAACUGAACCACAUAUUAAAUAUAAAACAGCAUUCAAGAAUGAAUAUGUUGGGUUUGGAGGUGUUCCCACGGCUCUGCUCGUGCUUGCACUCCUCUUCUUUGCUGCUGCGGCCGGUCUUGCAGUUUGCUACAUCAAAAGGUAUGUGAAGACCUUCCCUUUUACAAAUGAGAAUCAGCAAAAGGAAAUGAUUGAAACCAAAGUAGUAAAGGAGGAGAAGGCCGAUGAUGGCAACCCUAAUGAGGAACCAAGGAAAACUGAUAAAAAGCCAGAAGAGCCUAUGAGUCCACCCAAAACUACAGUGCGAUGCAUGGAAGCUGAAGUUUAG